AUGCCUGAUUUCGACAGUAUCGGAGAGGACAUUUCACACUGCCGGCCAAAGGUACAUUUACAGUGGGCUUCCGGGUCGCAGCCGGUCAGGAAGUUGAGCGUUGUAUCGUUGCUGCCCCAAAAGCUAAAGGAUUUCGUCGAGGACAGUGUUCGGUUGUGCAGGCCUUCGAACGUGUACGUUUGCGAUGGAUCUGAAGCAGAGAACUCGAUGCUCAUCGAACUUUUGCUGGAAAACCGCACCAUCGUUCCGUUGCCAAAGUACCAAAACUGCUUUUUGGCCAGGAGCUGUCCCAGGGACGUGGCCAGGGUGGAGAGCCGGACGUUCAUAUGCACCACGAACCGGAGGGACGCCGUCAACGUGCCAAGGGGUUCGGCCAAGGGGAUGCUGGGAAACUGGAUGAGUCUGGAGGAUGCUGACAGUGCGGUGGCUGAACGGUUCCUGGGAUGCAUGGUGGGUAGAACCAUGUACGUAAUACCGUUCAGCAUGGGCCCCCUGGACUCGCCGUACUCAAAACUUGGAGUACAGCUUACUGACUCGGCAUACGUCGUGUGCUCGAUGCGCAUCAUGACCAGGAUCGGCACCAAGGUGCUUGAAAAACUCGACUCGCUUGACGACGGUGGCAACGGUGUGGGUUACUUCGUUAAGGCCCUGCAUUCAGUUGGCCGUCCUGCCGACGGUCCCGUCCAACACCCACACUGGCCCUGUGAUCCUGACCGUACUAUCAUCCUGCACAAGCCUGAGAUGAACGAAAUCAUCAGUUAUGGGAGCGGAUACGGCGGAAACUCGCUCCUGGGCAAGAAGUGUUUCGCUUUAAGAAUCGGUUCGUCGAUAGCUCGCCGUGAGGGUUGGCUUGCAGAACACAUGCUGAUCUUAGGCGUGACUAAUCCGAAGGGUCGGAAACGGUACGUAGUGGCCGCGUUCCCCAGUGCCUGUGGCAAGACCAAUAUGGCGAUGAUGCAGCCUACACUGCCGGGUUACAAGGUGGAGUGUGUAGGCGACGACAUCGUAUGGAUGCGAUUUGACCGGAAUGGGCAGCUGAGAGCUAUCAACCCAGAAUUCGGGUUCUUCGGCGUGGCGCCUGGCACAUCCAGGUCCACAAAUCCUGUGGCCAUGGACACGGUGUUCAAGAAUACGAUUUUCACCAACGUAGCACAGACCAGCGAUGGUGGUGUAUAUUGGGAAGGCAUGGACAAAUUGGAGCCCGGAGUAACCGUCACAGACUGGCAGGGCAAUCCAUGGACACCCGGCAGCACACCGGCUGCGCACCCGAACUCCAGGUUUUGCACACCAGCCGAACAAUGUCCGAUUAUCGACGCAGAUUGGCAGUCCCCGGAGGGAGUGCCAAUCGACGCCAUAUUGUUCGGGGGCAGACGUCCGGCUGGCGUACCUCUGGUGUACGAAGCAUUUGACUGGAAGCAUGGCGUCUACGUCGGUGCUUCCAUGAAGUCCGAGGCCACCGCAGCCGCCGAGCACAAGGGUAAGGAAAUCAUGCACGACCCGUUUGCCAUGAGGCCGUUUUUCGGAUACAACUUUGGACACUACCUGCAGCACUGGCUGUCAAUGGAGACCGCCUCACCCAACGUCAAGGUGCCCAAAGUAUUCCACGUCAAUUGGUUCAGGAAAGACGACCAGGGAAAAUUCAUGUGGCCCGGAUACGGUGAAAACUGUCGCGUAUUGGACUGGAUUUUGCGCCGGAUAGACAACGAACCUGGUACGGCCCAACAAACGCCUAUCGGUAUUGUGCCUACCCGUGAAUCGUUCGACGCCCGUGGACUCGACGUGGACUUUGACGGACUUUUUUCCGUUCCCAUCGACUUUUGGACUGAAGAGGCCAAAGAAGUAGCACAUUUCUUGUACGAACAGGUAGACGAAGAUUUGCCAAAAGACAUACAAGACCAAAUCAACAACCUAUUCAGUCGGCUAAGUUUGUACCCAAGAAACUAA